UUGAGGAGAACACAAGCAUAUUUACAGAACUUUGGAGAUAGUGGACUGGAGUUCAUGUGAAGAUCAGAGAAUCUGAAGUCCAUUUCAAGAUGAAGAUCCUCCUCAUCGUCACCCUCUACCUGAUCUCAGGUCAAGUGAGCUGCUUUGAUGUGAUUGGCUACCCAGGAGGUAGUGUCCUAAUCUACUGCAGAGCUAAACAGUAUGGAGGGAAUCCUAAGCAUUUCUGUAAGAAACCAUCAGCCCAUUGUGUUUAUUUCAACCAAAAACCGAACACCUGGAGUCAUAUAGACAGAUUUUCUCUACGUGACUCCAGUGGAGUUCUUACAGUGAUCUACAGAAACCUGAGUUUGCAGGAUGCUGGAUCAUAUCAGUUUGGAGAGGCUGGAGUGUGGAAUCGUGAUGUGAAGCUGAAAGUGAAUGAAAAUCCGUGUUGUUUUAGUCCAAACACUAUGUCUGGGCAUCUGGGAGAGACGGUCACCAUCAGCUGUUCAUAUCCAGAGGAGUUUGAGAGAAACACCAAGUACUUAUUUAAACAGGCUGGUCAAUAUUUUGAUGAUGUAAUCGAUACUACAGUAACUCGGAGUGGCAGAUUCUCCAUCUCUGAAGACAGAAGCUCUGCAGUUCUCAGACUGACCAUCAGUGAUGUGAGAGAAGAUGAUGUAGGAGUUUAUUACUGUGGAGUGGGGUUUGGAGGAAUCUCAGUCGGUUAUUACUCCUUCUACACAGAAACUCAGCUACAGGUCACUGCAUCCACAGCACCAACAUCAGUCCCACCUGAUGAAGACCAUUUCAGUGGGAGCUCAGAUGCACCAAGUUCCUCUGUCAUCAUCAUCUCUGUGUGUGUCUGUGUGGUUCUGCUACUGAUUGGAGGUUCAGCACUGAUCUAUAAAAUGAGAUGCAAGAAGCACCAAGUUACAGACACAGAUUGUUCACCUGGGAUGCAGCUGGAGGACAUUAAAGAGGUUGAUGGUGAUUAUGAAAAUGACCACCCUGUGAACCUGAACCACACGAGUCCAGUCUACCAGAACCAGAAAUUCAACACCAACCAAUCAGAUCCAGGUUACCAGAACCUGAAAUCCAACACCAACCAAUCAGAUUCAGUCUACCAGAGUCUUGACCCCAGCACCAACCAAUCAGAUUCAGUCUACCAGGACCUAAUAUCCAACACCAACCAAUCUGAUUCAGUCUACCAGCAUCUUGACCCUAAAACCAAAGAACCAAAUUCAGUCUACUGCAGUCUAAAGCCCAACACUGAUUGACUAUUCCAUCCUCUGUCAACAAAUUUGUAUUAUUUUUACCAGGUUGCACAAGCUUUACCAAAGUAAAUUAAAUAAGAAAAAAA